AUGUUGCCGACACUCGUGUUCCUUCUAUCUUUAUCGGGGAUUUAUUGUGAGCCAGAAACUGUGAGAGAUAAUUUCGACUAUUUCAGUUACAAUUUGCCGAAGGAUGAAAUCGUUUUACGACCCCAAGAAGUGAAGGACUGGCCCCAAACUUCGCUGAACGUGGGACAGAUAACCGCAGUGUCCAUUAAUUCUUUGGGACAACCUGUAAUAUUCCACAGGGCUGAGCGAGUAUGGGACGAAAGCACUUUCAACGAAUCCAACGUCUACCAAGAUCUGGACAAAGGUCCGAUCAUAGAGGAUACCAUUCUAGUAUUGGAUCCCCACACUGGAUCUGUGCUGCAUAGUUGGGGAGCUUAUGCCUUCUACAUGCCACAUGGGCUGACCGUGGAUCAUCAUGAUAACGUUUGGGUUACUGACGUCGCGAAACAUCAAGUUUUUAAGUACAUUCCAAACAACCACAAAUACCCAACAUUAACAAUCGGAGAAGCGUUCACCGCCGGCUUCCCAUUCAGGCGUCGUUCUCCAGUCCAUUACUUAUGCAUGCCAACCUCAGUAGCCGUCGCAACCACGGGAGAAAUAUUCGUCGCUGAUGGAUAUUGCAACAACCAGAUCUUAAAGUUCAACGCGGCUGGCAAACUGUUAUUGGCUAUACCAUCAGUUUCUGAAUCUUGGACCCUCAAUGUACCUCAUAGUGUGACGUUGUUGGAGCAUUUGGACCUGGUCUGCGUGGCUGAUCGGGAGAACAUGAGGAUUGUCUGCCCAAAGGCUGGAUUGAAAAGCUACGUGGAUAGGUUUGAUGAACCGACCACUGUUAUUGAGGAUCCUACCCUUGGCAGGGUAUUUGCUGUUGCGUCUCAUGGUGACACAAUCUACGCUGUGAACGGACCGACGUCUCAGAACAUUGCUGUGCGAGGUUUCACUGUGAAUGCGUUCUAUGAGAAUAUCUUGGACACCUGGGAACCGACCACUGGCUUCACCAACCCCCACUCAGUGGCUGUCACAAGAAACGGCUCCCAUCUCUACGUCACAGAAAUAGGACCAAACAAGAUAUGGAAGUUCGAACUAACAGAUGUUUAUGAUAAAAAGUAA